AUGGAGGUCGACGGCGAUGACGUGCUGGACGACGCCUGGGCUGACGUUCUCCCUCGUCGGGUUUCGCGUCGGCUCGGCGGCCCAGCGGCGAUCGCGGCCGCGGAGCCAGCUUGUGCGGCCGCUGCGGCGGCGCCGACGGCUGGCGGAGCGACCCCCUCGGCGGAUGUUGCUGCUGCUGGUGGUGCGGCGGCGGCGGGUGGUGACGCGGCGCCCGAGGGGUCGGCCUUGGCGCUGCUGGUGGCACCACCCGCGGCUGCCGCUGCCGCCGACAGCGUGGAGCCCGUGCUGGGCGAGUCGGCGGAGCGGGCCGCGCUCAUCUCGGCGUGGGUCCGCACGCCUGGGGCGCGCGUGGCUGACUUUCAGCCGCACUACGCCGCCUGGCCGCUCCACCGACUCCGAGCCUGGCUCGUGGAGGCGGUGGACGCGGCCCCCGGCACCGGCGCGGGGCGGGGGAGGCAGCGGAAGGGUCGGCGAUGA